UACAAAUCGAAUGAUAAAAAAGUGAAAAGUGUCCAUUUUGACAAAAUUGUCAUUUUUUGACUUCAAAAAUGGCAGAAGAAACCGAACAAAGUUUUUCAGGAUUUAGUAAAAUGGAAGGGCUUUUAGAUAAGUUAAAGUUGUUGAAUUACGAAGCCGAGUUUUUCAAAGAAACAAAAAUGAAGCCGAUCCAUAGGUAUUAUUUUGUUGUUACCAAAAACCCAGGAGAACAGUUUUAUUUGUUUGCAUUGUUAGCGUCAUAUCUGAUACAAAAAAUUGGAAUCAGUUUCCAAACGCCUCAAGAGGAUGAUGACCCCAAUGUCACAAUAGAAAAAAUACUGGAUGUAGUCCGAAAAAAUGACAUUCCCGUCAAUUUUCAUGCAAAUAAGCUAAUGCAAGGUGUAGGAGAACAUGUGGUUUAUAUUUUGGACAGUCUUGCUGAUAAGGCUUUAGAAAAAAAUUUUAUAUAUCAAAAACCUUUGCUCCCUGAGGAAAAAGCGGAAGAAAGCGAGCUAAUCAACGACGAAUCUGAGAUAAACCUUGAUCGUGUGGAGGAAGAAAUGUUGGCGGCAUACACCGACGAUUCAGACGAAGAGAAUCUUUUCCUCCUGGAUAACGUGAAAGUAGCCCGAAAAGAACCCCAAAUGGCCGAGAUAAAAAUGAACGUAAACGAGGAAGCCUGGAAAUUAGAACUCGAACGAGUUCUUCCUCAUUUAAAAAUCACAAUUAAGAACGAAAACCGCGACUGGCGCUCCCAUUUGGAGCAAAUGAAACAAUACAAAAGUAAUGUCGAUUCUUCUCUAGGUGGGGUAAAAACUCAAUUAGAGAAGUUACACAAAGAAAUAAGCGUGACUCUUGAUAAAAUUGGAAAUCGGGAGAAAUAUCUGAACAGGGAGUUGGAGAAUAAUUUGGAUGAAUAUCGAAUGUUGCAAGAUCAGCUCUCGAAAAUAAAGGAUGCUUACAAAGGUAUCAGCGAGGGGGUUGCCGAGCGGAAUCGCGAGUUGUUCAGGUUAACGGAUCGAUUGGAGACAGUCAAACAGCAAAUGGAGGAAAGAGGGAGUUCGAUGACGGAUGGGACUCCUUUGGUCAAUAUUAAGAAGCAAUUGGGGAAAGUCAAGUCUGAGAUUGUGGAGAUGGAUGUGAGGAUCGGGAUUUUGGAGUGCAUUUUACUCCAAUCGAAAAUCCGAGACGAGAAGAAUUUAGAAACAGAGUUCGGGCAAACAAUUUCGGUUUUUUAAUUGUGUUAAUUAAAAAAUAAAUGUUUGCAUUGUG